CGGUCCGAAAUCAAAUAUUUUUUUUUUCAAUUAGGGUUUUAAUUAUGAAAAUUUCGUAACAGGCCGGUUAUAAGUCAAAACCUAUACUUCUUAGGGAUGAAGUACACAAGUGCGACGUUUAUAGCUUCCAUGACGAACGUUCUACCUGCCGUAACGUUCGUCAUUGCGUGCUUAUUAAGGCACGAGAAGGUAAAGAUGACAAGCACUCAUAGCCAAGCCAAGAUAAUCGGCACACUAGUCUCGAUCGGCGGAGCCAUGAUCAUGACCUUAGUGCGGGGCCCGAAUCUCGACCUACCAUGGACAAGGGGUAACCAUCAAGACCACAAAAACGGUGAAGAUUUUAAUAAUUCAAUUAAGGGUGCCCUAAUGAUUGCAAUUGCAUCCUUCGCUUGGGCGGGUUUCAUGAUCUCGCACGCAAUCACACUACAAACAUAUCCGGCUGCAUUAUCCCUCACUGCAUGGAUAUGUAUGCUAGGAACUGUAGAGGGAGCGGCACUUGCGUUAAUAAUGGAGAGGGGGAACUCCGCAGUUUGGUCGAUUAAAUGGGAUACUAAGUUGCUCGGAGCUGUUUAUAGCGGUAUAUUUUGUUCGGGUAUUACUUAUUACGUGCAAGGAAUAGUGUUGAAAGAAAGAGGUCCGGUUUUCGUGACUGCGUUUAGCCCGUUGAGUAUGGUUCUUGUUGCGGUCAUGAGCUCGUUCAUCCUUAGGGAGCAAAUGUAUUUAGGGAGGUAUAGGGAGGGGGGAUUUUGUACAGCACCACCAACACCUCCUCUGCUCCGCCGCACCACCACCACCUCUUCGCCUUCGCUGACGUCCGCCUCUUUAAAAUCGCCGAGCCCGCCUCCUUCAGCCGCCGCAUCGUUCAAUCGUUUGAGAAUGGGAAGGGUUAUCGGCGCAAUCGUAAUUAUCACGGGCCUUUAUCUUUUCGUAUGGGGUAAAAAGAAAGACUACGAAUCUCCGUUGGUCGAAGAUCAAGAAAUGUCCGUACAUCAAAGUACAAAUGCGGGUGAUGCGGUUAAUGCUUAA